CUCCUCCUCCUCCUCCUCGUCCUGCUCCUCCCGCUCCGCCAUGUGGGGCCGGCGGCGGGGCCGGCGCGGCGGGCGCAGCGCGGAGGAGCUGCGGGUGCGGCGGCGGGAGCGAGAGGCAGCUCUCAGGAAGGCGCGGCGGCAGGAGCAGCUGGUCAGCAAGCGGCUGCUGCGGGAGGACAGUGCGGCCGAGGAGGGGGCACAGCACGGAGCAGACGUCGUGCCAGACCCGCUCUCAGAGGAUGAGGUUCUGGAGCUGCUCAGGGGUGUGCAGAGGGGUUCGGAGGACAGGAAGCGAUCGCUCGGCCGCCUCCGCUGGGCUCUGCAGAACGAAGAGACUCAGCAGAAGUUUGUCAGGUUGGACGGCAGCAUCCGGACGCUCACCGGGCUCUUCACCAGCAGCCUGGCUGACCUGCAGCUGGAGGCUGCCCGCUGUCUGCACGAGCUGUCCCACUCCAGUGUCCCUGCCGUGGCCGAGGCGUGCCUGCCUGUCACCUCCUACCUGCUCACCUACCUGUCGGGACACAGCCUGGAGCUCACGGAGCUGUGUUUGUACACACUGGGGAACCUCGUAGUAGAAAGUGAGGCUGUGAGGAAGCAACUGCUGCCUCAGGGCAUUAUUCCAGUGCUGGCAUCCUGCAUCCAGUCCCCUCACGAGGCAGUGCUGGAAGGUGUGGGCUAUGUCCUCUCACAGCUCCUCCAAGCCAAGGAAGCACCCACGGAGAUCAUCCCGUUGGUCCUAGACUCGGCUCUCCCCCAGCACAUGCUCCAGCUGGUCUGCUCUGGCCUGAAGGCUGGCAUGGGAGCAGCUGUGGAGUUUGCCUGGUGUCUCCACUACAUCAUUUGUAGGCACAAGGACAACGUGCAGCUGCUGGCGCUGGGGGCCGUGCCCGCGCUCACCUCGCUCCUGCUCGACCUGGCUUCCCAAAUCCCCCAGGAUGCUCCCGAGGGCCUGGAGCUGCUCGCGUGCCCCGUGCUGCGGUGUCUCGGUAACCUGCUGGCACACACAGGCUGCCAGCGCCCGGACGCGCGCCUGCUCGUCGCCCUCUUCCUCGUCCUGCAGCGCUUCCUGCGGCAGCACCCUUUCCUCGUGCAGGAGUGCCUGUGGCUGCUCAACAACCUCACGGCGGAUGAUCCCUUCUUCUGCUCCGCUCUGCUCUCCCUGGACCUGCUGCCGGCCCUGCUGCAGCUGCUGACGUGUUCCCAGAUGGGCACUGUGCUGGUCCUGACUGUGCUGUGCAACAUGGCAGAGAAGGGACAGUUCCAGUGCCAGCGGCUGCUCCAGCAGCCCCUCCUGGCCCAGCUCCUGCCCCUGCUCACACUGCCCGACCCCGAGGCCGUGGGGCAGUGCCUGGAGCUGCUGCACCUCCUCUUCCUGCACUGCCCAGAGGCUGCUGCUGAUUUCACCAGGCAAGGUGGGCACCGGGCCCUAGAGCAGCACCAGAGCACCCCAGAGCUGCAGGAGCGGGCACAGGCACUGCUGGACAUGGUCAGGCAGCCCCCAGGAGCCCCCAGUGCCUGCCAGGCCACACUGGCUGCCUCCUCCUAGGCCCUGCCCUCUGCCUUCCCUGCCCUGAACUGCCAGGGGAGGAAUAAACUGUUCACCCCAGUGCCCAGCUUCCCAAGGGCUGCUCAGGGCUCUGGUGUGCCCAGUGCUGGCUGCAUGGGGGGCUGGUCCUUGUCACCAGCUGGUAGCCACCAGCCCAGUGCCCCCCAGAGCCUGGAGCAGGGGCAGAGCUGAGCUGCAGAUUCUCCUGUGCCAGGGAGGGCUGCAUCAGCCAUUCCUUGAGCUCUCAGCCACCACCAAGCUCAAGGUAAGCACAUUGUGUUUAUGAAUUGAUAAAUUAAAGAUACAUUUUUGACAUUGAAGGUAA